GGCGGCCUCGCCUCAGGCCGCUGCUUUUCGCCCUCCGUUGGCCGCCAGAGGCUCCCUCUCUCUCCCUCUCCUGGGAUUUUGCUGCCGGGCUCCCUCUCUCUGCGGCCCUAGAGUUAAUCCCAUCAGCCGAGAUGAACCUCUAGUCUUGCUUUGAAAAAGCCGUUUUGUGUAACUCUUGACUGAAUAAUUUCCUAAUACACCUGUUGGGAGGAUCACUGACACAGUAUGCCAUUUGAGAGGUACUUUUUCUUGACCAGAUACUGGUGAUUAGAGAAGAGAGGUGUUUUGUUUUUUUGGUUUUUUUGUUUUUCCUGAUCAUUAUGAACAUUGGCUUUUCACCCCUGAAGUAAAAAUGUUGAAAACUGAGUCUUCAGGUGAACGUACCACUCUCAGAAGUGCCUCUCCUCACAGGAAUGCAUAUAGAACUGAGUUCCAGGCACUGAAAAGUACCUUUGACAAACCCAAGUCAGAUGGGGAACAAAAAACAAAAGAAGGUGAGGGCUCCCAGCAGAGCAGGGGAAGGAAAUAUGGCUCCAAUGUCAACAGAAUUAAAAAUCUAUUUAUGCAGAUGGGUAUGGAACCCAGUGAGAAUGCUGCAGUCAUUGCCAAAACCAGGGGGAAAGGUGGACCUUCAUCCCCUCAGAGGCGAAUGAAGCCCAAAGAAUUUCUGGAAAAAACAGAUGGCUCAGUUGUUAAGUUGGAGUCCUCUGUUUCAGAACGAAUUAGUAGAUUUGACACAAUGUACGAUGGCCCUUCAUAUUCUAAGUUCACAGAAACUCGCAAGAUGUUUGAGAGAAGUGUGCAUGAGUCAGGACAGAACAACCGCUAUUCCCCAAAGAAGGAGAAAACUGGAGGGAGUGAACCUCAGGAUGAAUGGGGUGGUUCUAAGUCCAACAGAGGCAGUACUGACUCCUUGGACAGCCUUAGCUCCCGGACAGAGGCCGUCUCCCCAACUGUGAGUCAACUGAGUGCAGUAUUGGAGAACACCGAUUCCCCCAGUGCCAUCAUUUCUGAGAAGGCUGAGAACAGUGAAUACUCAGUGACUGGGCAUUAUCCCCUGAAUUUACCAUCUGUUACUGUUACAAAUCUUGACACCUUUGGGCACCUGAAGGAUUCUAAUUCUUGGUCUCCUCCAAGCAAACACAGUGACGAUGCAGAGGAUGCUCAGAAGAGUAAUACAACUCCGGUACUAGAAGUGGCUUCGAAAAGUACCUCUCUAGCUUCAGUGCCCACUGAAGAGGCACAGCAGAGCAAGGAAGCCGAGGACUCCACAUCUAACCAAGAGACUCCUGACAGAACUGACAAAGACAUUCCUGAAGAACCUUGUGCUGAAAACAAGGCAGUUACAGAGUUUGAAAUCCCUUCACCACAAAACGAACCUUCAGAAGACGCAGAAGCUCAUUUGGUUGGGAGUGAGGCAGCAAUGCAACAGAAGAAAGAACUUGCAGGUGGUGAUUUUACCUCUGCUGAUGCUUCUGGAUUCAGUUGUGGAAAGGAAGUAUUCGAAGAUUCAAAUAAUUUUGGGAGCUCCCAUGUUUACAUGCACAGUGACUAUAAUAUAUACAGGGUGAGAUCCAGGUAUAACUCAGACUGGGGAGAAGCAGGCACCGAACAGGAUGAGCAGGAAGAUAGUGAUGAAAACAGUUACUCUCAACCUGACAUGGAAUACUCAGAAAUCGUUGGAUUGCCAGAAGAAGAAGACAUCCCGGCAAAUAGGAAAAUUAAGUUUAGUAGUGCUCCAAUUAAGGUCUUCAGCACAUACUCCAAUGAAGACUAUGACAGGAGAAAUGAUGAAGUUGACCCUGUGGCUGCUUCAGCCGAGUAUGAACUUGAAAAGCGUGUAGAAAAGCUGGAACUUUUCCCAGUGGAACUAGAGAAAGAUGAGGAUGGACUUGGUAUAAGUAUUAUUGGAAUGGGUGUUGGAGCAGAUGCUGGACUUGAAAAGCUGGGAAUAUUUGUCAAGACAGUGACGGAAGGUGGUGCUGCUCAGCGAGAUGGCAGAAUACAAGUCAAUGACCAGAUUGUGGAAGUGGAUGGAAUCAGCUUGGUGGGUGUCACACAGAAUUUUGCUGCAACAGUUCUCAGAAAUACCAAGGGCAAUGUCAGAUUUGUUAUUGGGCGAGAAAAACCAGGACAAGUGAGUGAGGUUGCCCAGUUGAUAAGCCAGACGCUGGAACAAGAAAGGCGCCAGAGAGAGCUGCUUGAACAGCACUAUGCCCAGUAUGAUGCCGAUGAUGAUGAGACAGGAGAAUAUGCCACAGAUGAAGAGGAGGAUGAGGUAGGACCUGUUCUUCCUGGCAGUGACAUCGCCAUUGAAGUCUUCGAGCUGCCUGAGAAUGAGGACAUGUUUUCCCCAUCAGACCUGGACACAAGCAAGCUCAGUCACAAGUUCAAAGAGUUGCAAAUCAAACAUGCAGUUACAGAAGCAGAGAUUCAAAAAUUGAAGACCAAGCUGCAAGCAGCAGAAAAUGAGAAAGUGAGGUGGGAACUAGAAAAAACCCAACUCCAGCAGAAUAUAGAAGAGAAUAAAGAAAGAAUGUUGAAGUUGGAGAGCUACUGGAUUGAGGCUCAAACGUUAUGCCACACGGUGAACGAGCACCUCAAAGAGACUCAAAGCCAGUAUCAGGCCUUGGAAAAGAAGUACAACAAGGCAAAGAAACUGAUCAAGGAUUUUCAACAAAAAGAACUUGAUUUCAUCAAAAGACAGGAAGCAGAAAGAAAGAAAAUAGAAGAUUUGGAAAAAGCUCAUCUUGUGGAAGUUCAAGGCCUGCAAGUACGGAUUAGAGAUUUGGAAGCUGAGGUGUUCAGGCUACUGAAGCAAAAUGGGACUCAAGUUAACAAUAACAACAACAUCUUUGAGAGAAGAACAUCUCUUAGUGAGGUCUCUAAAGGAGAUACCUUGGAGAACUUGGAUGUCAAGCAGACAUCUUGUCAAGAUGGCCUAAGUCAAGACUUUAAUGAAGCAGUCCCAGAGACAGAACGACUGGAUUCAAAAGCACUGAAAACCCGGGCCCAGCUUUCCAUGAAGAACAGACGCCAGAGGCCCUCUAGGACAAGACUCUAUGAUAGUGUCAGUUCAACAGAUGGAGAAGACAGUCUGGAGCGAAAGCCUUCAAACAGUUUCUAUAACCACAUGCACAUUACCAAAUCACUUCUGCCCAAGGGUUUGAGAACUUCUCCAGAAUCAGAUUCUGGUGCUUCAUCCCUCACUCCAGUGGCUGGCAGUGUGCCCUUCUCGUCUGACCACAUAGCUGAAUUUCAAGAGGGACCCCUGCACCCAGAAAGGGAGCCUUCCUCCUCUACUGGGGGAGACACGUCAUUCUCCUCUCCUUCAAAAUCUGAUCAUGAUAUGGAAGAAUCUCCUUGCCACCAUCAAGCCACCACCAAGAAAAUACUACAAGAAAAAGAUGGUGCCAAAGGUCCCAGAUCACUGAGGGCAUCAAGUUUGUUGGUGGUGCGAGGAGGAAAAUUUAAGCGGAAGUUUGUGGAUCUGGGGGCGCCUUUGCGAAGGAAUUCCAACAAGGGAAAGAAAUGGAAAGAAAAAGAGAAAGAAGCCAGUAGGUUUUCUCCAGGUAGCAGGAUCUUCAGCGGCAGGCUGGAACACUGGAAACCGAAGCUGUCCUCCACUGCUCAGGCCUCCACGCCGUCAGCGGGCCUGCCUUUCUCGUGGUUUAACGAAAGCCGGAAAGGAUCCUAUUCCUUCAGGAACCUGCCUGCAUCUGCAAGUCCCCUUCAGCCUUCUCCUGAAACUCUAAUUUCAGAUAAAAAGGGGUCUAAGAAUUUUACCUUCAAUGAUGACUUCAGUCCCAGCAGUACCAGUUCAGCAGACCUGAGCGGCCUGGGAGCAGAACCCAAAACAGCUGGGCUCUCUCAGUCCUUGGUGCUCUCAUCAGAUGAGAUUCUUGAUGACGGACAGUCUCCCAAACACAGUCAGUGUCUGAAUCGGGCCGUUCAUGAAUGGAGCGUGCAGCAGGUUUCUCACUGGCUAAUGAGCCUAAAUCUGGAGCAGUAUGUCUCUGAAUUCAGUGCCCAAAACAUCACUGGAGAGCAACUCCUGCAGUUGGAUGGAAAUAAACUUAAGGCUCUUGGCAUGACAUCAUCCCAGGACCGAGCAAUGGUCAAAAAAAAACUCAAAGAAAUGAAAGUGUCUCUAGAGAAGGCUCGGAAGGCCCAAGAGAAAAUAGAAAAACAAAGAGAAAAGCUGAGGAGGAAGGAACAAGAGCAAAUGCAGAGGAAGUCUAAAAAGACAGAGAAGAUGGCAGCUGCCACAGAGGGUGCUGGUGAGCAGUGACACACACGGAGAAGUUUCCACCUCUUCCUGCCCUGCUCUCCUCCGGAGGAUGAAGAAGAAACUGAUGACAGGGGUAAUGUGCUCUAGGCAGACUGGGGAACUGUGUGUUCAAUAACUGCAUUUUCUGCACUAAUAGAGUACACUCACUUUUAACCUACUGAAAUAAUCCCAAGCCACCUUUGGUUUAGUGACAAACCAAGGAUCUCAUUUGCGAGAGGUGCAAAGUAGCAGUGUUUCUCUCUUCUUUGUGUUGGGUGGGUGGUGUCACUUGAAGGACCAGCGUGAUCCUGCUCAACAAGAGCAUGACACACCGUGGCAUUGUCCAUGGAACGCCAUGCAUUUUCAAUAUGGGAUCCUGAAACUGAGCAAUGGCACGUAUCUGCAUGGCCGAGAACACCGCUCUGCCAUGAGAUCUGGGCUGCAGAAUCUACUCCGGUGUGUGGGAAAGGUUCCCCCUUGUUUCCGUGUCUGGACACUGAGACAACCCCGCUGUGGAAAUGUGGGAGCUCUUUGCCUACUGUGGCAAAAAGCGAGCAAACUGUGCUGCCUGCUGGGCAUUGGGAAGAGAGAAAAGAAUUACACUUAUUUGUUAACCCCAGAAGGAAGCAAAAGCCUUAAGAAUGUGGAUGUGGGCAUUACCUUGGGGUUCUGAGGGUAACAUUUAUCCUCCAGAUUUAGCCAAACAAAGAAAAAUUCAGACGUUAGUGCGGCCAUGGGAUAUUGGGAUCUGUUGUUUACUUUGCUACUGCUGCGGGUUCAGUAUUUCAGCAGCACCGACACACACAACACAGUUCCUUUUCUCCCCAACAAAUUGAACAGAAAAUUGAUUUUUAAGGAAACCAACAUUUUCAGGUUUCCUCUCCUGGGGAACAUUCUGGCUGGUCUUCAGCCUGACUAUGACACAAUCAGGAACUCAUCACAUAUUUUCUACUCAAGAUUUCCCAAGUGGGCUCAGUUAGACUUUUAACAAAUGUACUUUUAAGAAAAAUAGAAAUACCAGUUAGAGAAAAGUUAGAUUUGACUAACAUUUGACCAGAGAAGCAAUUUUAUUGAGCACACAGAAUGUUCCCAUAAAGGAGAGCUGUCAGUUAUAUUUUAGAGAUGUUUUGAAUGGUUUUUCUGAGCCGUUCUCUUUCAUUCUUUGGAGAUCUCCACUUUACAGUUAAAGUUUGUUUAAGACGGUACACAUGAUGCAGGCUGGCAGUGCAGGCGGUUAUACUUAUUUUAAAGCCAGUAUUAAGUAUUUCAGUGUUUCAUCCAACUAAUUCAAGUGCAGGAGAGUGGGGCAGAAGGAGGAGAAAAUAAACUCAUCUUGAGAAAUUUCAAAUGAUGGAUUUUUUGUUGUCGUUGUUGUUGUUUUGCUUUUUAUGCUCAUGCAUCUGGUUCUCUUUGCUGCAUUGGCUGCAAAAAUGAGGUCAUCCACUUUCCAGAGGACGAGUUUCAAAAUAAGAGUUGAGGCCAGACCAAUCCUUGGACAAGUAUUUUACUUCCUUUACUUCAGUUUUUUGAGGCAGGGGGGUGGUCUCUGUCCUUGUCUUCCACUGGAAAUGUUCUAUACGCAGAGCUUAGGGGAAGGCUUUUGAAGGUUACAAGUAACAGAUAACAUAAAGGGGCUUCUUCCCAUAUGGCUCCAUCUCCUAUUUUGAAGCACUGUGAUUUUUUUUUUUUUUUUUUUUUGCUUGUCUGAAUAUCCAAAAUCUGAAAUUGUCUAAACUAGAAAGUUAUAAUCUUGUUCUUCCCUAAGGCUUGUUUCCUUUUCAGUGACAGAGUGUUGUCUGUUAGGCUUCAGUUCCUUUGUCACUAGGUAUAGAUCAUUCAUUUGAUCCUCAGAAA